CGGUAAUUCUAACCAUUUCUUCCCCAGGAACAAGGGACCGCGUCUGCAAACCCAUGGGGUCAUUUCCAGGGAGACAAGAUAAUCCUUGUCAGUCGUUCACUUAUCAAUGUCAUUUAAGUGUGUUUACCGCGCAGAAUUACGGUUCUUGGCGCACCCGUUAUCUUCACCGCUAGCGAUACCGGAAAUUUCGGUGUGGGGUAGCGCGACUCCGAAGUCAACAUCGGAGGCUUCCAUUUGACAUCAUUGCCGAAAAAUGACUCUAGCGAGGGGUAAGGCGAGGAGUUCCUCUUGAAGAGGGAGUUUUCCUCUUCUUUGAAAGUUUCUCUGUUUCGUUCCUCUAGCCAACCCGCUCAGAGCCAUCUUCGCUGAUCCCAGGCAAAGAUGAUGUUCCAAAGCUCUGCCGUUGUCCUAGCGGCCCUCGCCGGGCCGGCCUCCGCCAGCUACGCCUUCUACGUCGGCAAGGACCUCACCGCCGACGGGAGCGUCAUGGUCGGCGGCACCGGCGAAGAGGUCUCCUCCCACUGGCUGCAGCUGUUUCCCGCCGCCGACCAUGCGGCCAACGCGACGAUCACCGUUGGCGUCACGGACAAGGCGAGCAUUCCCGGCGAGCUGUUCACUAUCCCGCAGGUCAGCCACACCUACCGGUACAUGUCGAUGGAGUACUCGGACUUUGAGGGCUUCCCGGCGCCGCUCACCAACGGCGGCCUCAACGAGAAUGGCGUCACUGUCCGCGACGUCUGGGCGCAGAACCGCGAUGAGCUGGUCAAUAUGACCCCGACCCCGCAGCACGGCAUCCAGUACAGCGAUCUUGCGCGUAUCGUGAUGGAGCGCGCGAAGACCGCGCGCGAGGGCGUGGAAAUCAUCGGCGAUCUGAUGAAUCUGUACGGGGAGGCGACUUACGGCGGAAACACCCACUUGGUCGCCGACAAGGACGAGGGCUGGGUCGUCUGGGAGAUGGCCGGCGGCAAGAAGCUGUGGGCGGCAGAGCGGCUCAAGACCGACGAGGUCCGCGUUCUGUACCCCGGCUACAUCGAGGACUUCCCCACCGACUUUGCCAAUAGCUCCGAUUACAUGGGCUCUGAGAAUAUUGUCUCCUUCGCCGUCGAGCAAGGCUGGUGGGACCCUAAGGGGGGCGAGCCCUUCAACAUCUUCAACGCGUACGGUGAAAAGGGCGAAAAUAUGACCGCCCGUGACGGCGGCUUCAAGUUCAUGUCCCAAGCUGCGCUCGAGAACGCCACCCUCGAGAUGGUCCCCUUGACGGAAGAGAAGCUGAUGGAGCGCGUCCGCGACAAGCGCAUCGCCGACGACGAAGCGGGCUACGGACAAAUUGUCAGCUUGAAGGCGGGCAUCGAUGCGGACCUGCUGCGCAUCUGGAACGCGCCCGCCACCUCUGUCUCAUCGCCAUUCGUGCCGUGGUGGCUGGGUGUCAACAGCGUGCCUCCCGAGUUCGGCGAGCACCGGUACCUCACGACCGGCGCGUCCGGCAGCUUCCUGAACCCUGAUUUCCAACUGCAGGAGGCGAGCGUCUUUGCUGGUCGCAUCUUCAAGCGCGUACUGUAUUACAUGUGCUCAUCCCCGGACACCUACCUGCCUAUCGUCACGCAGAUGCUCACGGGCUUCGAGAACCAGAGCCGCAGCGAUGUGGACUGGGUCGAGACGAGCGCUAGAGUUCUCAUCGAGAACAACGAGCGGGAGGCGGCGCAUUCGCUACUCACGUACUACUCGCACAGCAGAGCUGCCAAGGCGCUCGAGCUGGGCAAGACGAUGACUGAUGCUCUUGAUGGAUAUAUUAAGCUCACUGGUCAAUGGCGAAACCCUGUUGGUAGCGAGAUCAACGAUGCUGGCGAGGGCGCGGAAACAGUCAACUGCCUCGUUGGGUAUGACCCGGAUCAGCCUAUCUGGAAGCAGCCUGCGCAUCCUACUCGACGCAGGAGAAGCAUGAAGAACAAGAUGAUUGUUCAGCGUCAUCACUGAUAGUGGAUGCUGUCUCCUGGCAUGGGAACACGACUAGCUGUACUACCAUACUACAAGGCUUAAUCAUAAUGUGACAUACAUUUUGGCUACUAUAGAUCUCAGUAUUAUUACGCCUAUCUUAUAAAGCUAGAUACUAUAAAAUUUCUUAUUGAAG